AUGCCCAGCUCAAUUUUUAUCCCUGUUUUGCUUGCAGGGAUGAUCCUCACUGGGUCCAGUAAUUCUCUAUGGAGCAAAUGGCAGGCAUGUAUAGCUUUUAAUAUUCUCAUCCAUUCACAGGACAUGCAAUGUGUCGAGAAUUGUGACGAUCCCGACCCUAGUCGAAGAAUUCUUUAUGAACAGCCGGUAUGGCAAACACUUCAAAUGUUUCUUGGUGAAAUGCUCUGCUUCCUCCCUGUCAUAUAUACUUGGGUCCGCUCCAAGCGAUUGCAGCCAGUCCAACUACAGGAUUCUGAAUCAUCUGAAGCCAGUUUAUCAAAUAUUAAACUUGUACCAGCUUCCCGGCCGCUCAGUGGCUGGAGCGUUCUCUUGUUAUGGAUUCCUGCGGCCUGUGAUCUUACUGGAACGACGUUAAUGAAUGUUGGUUUGCUCUACACACCGGUCUCCAUUUACCAAAUGACCCGAGGUUCUCUUGUGCUUUUCGUCGGCUUUCUGAGUGUUGUGUUUCUGCGUCGACGGUUGUGGCUUUAUCAAUGGACUUCUUUAAUCAUCGUGAUGGGCGGAGUGGCUUUGGUUGGUUUUAGCGGUUCACUCAUCAAGGACACUGUCAAAGAGGCGUUAAGUUCGUUGUUGGUCAAGGCCAAUGGCAAUGCCGAUCUACCCCCGCCAGAGUCAACUGAGACACCUGAAGCUACGACUGUACUUGUCGGCGUGUUUUUCAUCUUGUUUGCUCAAGUCUUUACUGCCACUCAAUUUGUCGUGGAAGAGAAGAUCAUGGGUCAUUACUCGGUUCCUCCUCUAGUUGCCGUAGGCUAUGAAGGACUGUUUGGUGUUAUCACUAUUCUUGUUUUCUUCCCAAUAUUAGCUAUACCUGCCGUGUCAUCCAAGUCUAUCUUCUUCGAUAUACCUCGUGGAUGGCACCAGAUGGUGGACACACCUUCUGUGCUGUGGUCCGGUGUCGUAAUUGCUUGUAGCAUUGCCUUGUUCAACUUCUUUGGAUUGAGCGUAACGCGGCAUGUCAGCGCUACCGCACGUUCUCUUGUCGAUACAUGUAGAACGCUUGUUAUUUGGCUUGUCAGUUUAGGCUUAGGGUGGGAGAAGCUCCUGUGGCCCAUUUCGUUGUUGCAAGUCCUCGGGUUCGGGCUGUUGGUUUAUGGCACGUUUCUCUUCAACAACUUGGUCGCAAUUCCUCCGUGUCUUCCAAAACCAAUCACUGGUCCGACUUCUGCAGAUCCAGAGGCGGAAGGACUGUUGUCAUCGUCUUUAUUGGAUGAGACGGCCACGCUGCCGGCAGACCUGGGCCAAGGAGGAUUCGACGCGGUACCAGAAGGACAACAUGCAGUUGCCCCGUUGAAUUCCGCACCUUCACGUUCCGAGUGA